AUGCACGGCAAAGUGGAAAUCAUUGCCAAUGAUCAAGGAAACCGAACGACACCUUCGUAUGUGGCCUUCACUGAGUCGGAGCGUCUGGUCGGCGAUGCCGCUAAAAAUCAAGUGGCAAUGAACCCACAUAACAUUGUUUUUGAUGCGAAACGUCUCAUCGGUCGCAAGUUCGAUGACCCAGUUGUUCAAUCAGAUAUGAAGCACUGGCCCUUCAAAGUCGUCUCGGGCGAAGGCGGUAAGCCAAGGAUUGAGGUCGAGCACAAGGGAGAAAACAAGACCUUCACUCCCGAAGAGGUCUCUUCGAUGGUGCUCCUCAAGAUGAAGGAAACCGCCGAAGCCUUCCUGGGACAGACGGUCAAGGAUGCCGUCGUCACCGUCCCAACUUACUUCAAUGACUCUCAACGACAGGCCACCGAGGAUGCCGGCGCCAUUGCUGGAUUGAACGUGCUCCGAAUCAUCAAUGAGCCCCCGGCUGCCGCCAUCGCUUAUGGAUUGCACAAGGAGGCCCCUGGCGAGCGAAAUGUUCUCAUCUUUGAUCUUGGAGGCGGUACCUUCGAUGUGUCGAUUCUUACAAUUGAAGACGGAAUCAUCGUAGUCAAGUCUACGGCUGGAGACACUCAUCUUGGAGGAGAGGACUUUGACAACCGAAUGGAGCUGCUCUCCGACUUCUUCUCUGGUAAGGAACUCAAGAAAUCGAUCAAUCCCGAUGAGGCUGUUGCUUAUGGAGCUACUGUUAUGGCUGAUAUUUUGUCUAAAGAAGAGGUAAGGACUAUUGACAUUAUCUCGUUGGGAUUUGAGCCUGAUGAAGGUGUGAUGCCAUCAAGCGCUGUUGGAAUCGAUCUUGGAACGACCUACUCGUGCGUCGGAGUCUCCAUGCACGGCAAAGUGGAAAUCAUUGCCAAUGAUCAAGGAAACCGAACAACACCUUCGUAUGUGGCCUUCACUGAGUCGGAGCGUCUGGUCGGCGAUGCCGCUAAAAAUCAAGUGGCAAUGAACCCACAUAACAUUGUUUUUGAUGCGAAACGUCUCAUCGGUCGCAAGUUCGAUGACCCAGUUGUUCAAUCAGAUAUGAAGCACUGGCCCUUCAAAGUCGUCUCGGGCGAAGGCGGUAAGCCAAGGAUUGAGGUCGAGCACAAGGGAGAAAACAAGACCUUCACUCCCGAAGAGGUCUCUUCGAUGGUGCUCCUCAAGAUGAAGGAAACCGCCGAAGCCUUCCUGGGACAGACGGUCACGGAUGCCAUCGUCACCGUCCCGGUUUACUUCAAUGACUCUCAACGACAGGCCACCAGGAAUGCCGCUGCCAUAGCUGGACUGAACGUGCUCCAUAUCAUCAGUGAGCCCAGUGCUGCCGCUAUCGCUUAUGGAUGGAACGAGAAGGCCGCUGACGAGCGAAAUGUUCUUAUUUUUGAUCUUGGAGGCGGUACCUUUGAUGUGUCGAUCCUUACCAUUGAAGACGGAAUCUUUGAAUUGAAGUCUACUGCUGGAGACGCUCAUCUUGGAGGGCAGGACUUUGACAACCGAAUGGAGCUGCUCUCCGAGUUCUUCGCUGGCAAGGAACUCAAGAAAUCGGUCAAUCCCGAUGAGGCUGUUGCUUAUGGAGCUGCUGUUAUGGCUGAUAUUUGGUCUAAACCAAAGGAUUGGACUCUUUUGGGUUUUGACGGCAUGAAUGAAAAGACACUGUUUGAGAUGGGUCGUGCUUACGGAAUUGAGCAGUAUAGCCUGUGGGGUGAAUCUUGUACUUUUCCCGCCGAUGGUGAUAAUGGACCAAAGAAAUAUUCAAGU